GGGCGUAGUAGAAUGGAACACGAGUUAAAUAUUAAAUAUAAAAAUAUAACAAGGGAGGCAAUUAUGUUAUACUUGAACUUAUGCGAAUCAUGCCAAAAAAAAGGAAGUACAAUUAAAAAAGGCUUAGUAGUCAAACCUAUUAUAUCAAAAGAAAUGAAUUCAAGGUGUCAAAUAGAUUUAAUUGAUAUGCAGGCCCAGCCUGAUGGUAAUUAUAAGUUUAUUUUAGUCUAUCAAGACCAUUUAACUAAAUUUGUAAACUUGCGUCCUUUAUCUAAUAAACGUGCUGAGGAAGUUGCUUAUGUUUUACUGGAUAUAUUUACAACUUUUGGUGCUCCAGCUAUAUUGCAAAGCGAUAAUGGUAGAGAAUUUUCAAACAAGAUAGUAGAAGAAUUAUGUAGUAUGUGGAAAGAUUUAAAAAUAGUACAUGGUAAGCCUCGCCAUUCUCAAAGUCAAGGUUCAGUAGAACGUGCCAACCAAGACAUAGAGAAUAUGUUGGGAACGUGGUUGGAAGACAAUAACACCAAAAAAUGGAGCGAAGGCAUAAAAUUCGUACAAUUCAUGAAAAAUCGAUCUUUUCAUCAUGGCAUUAAAUCUUCACCGUACGAAGCUAUGUUUGGCUCUAGGGCUAAAAUUGGAUUAAAUAAUUGUGUACUCCCAAUGCAUGUAGUAGAAAAAUUAAAAACAGAAGAAGAUUUAGAAAAAGCCUUAAACACUAUUGAAGAGAAAGAAAGUAAAGAAAAAAACAAGGAAGGCAAUGAAGUGAUUGUAGAAGAAAAUGAAGAAAAUUACAAUUCUGAGGAUGCUUUAAGCUCUAGAAAACUUUCUAUUCAGAUAAAAAGAAAUGAAUCUGUGCAGAAUUUAGAAAAGCAAGCAAAUAAAAUGAAAUCUCUUUCUGAAAGAAGAUUUUGUGAAGGAAACAUUGGAGAUUCAGUAAAAAUAAAAAUACCAGACGUAGAUAGAGCUCGAAGCGACUUACGAUCAAUUUUGGCAGUAAUUAUAUCAAUGGAAGACGGAAAUUAUAAAUUGGGCACAACCAAAGGUAAACUGCAACAUUAUUAUAGUAGAAAUCAAUUUACUAUUUGCAAGGAGAAGUUUGUGAGUGUUGAUGAAGUCCCCGAUAUUCAGUUGUCUCUAAGAGAAGCAGCUAGGCUAUUUUCAAAUCUAGGAGGCCAAGGCUAUGACCGCUGCACUUGUGUUCAAAAAUGCGAAACAAGGAGAUGCAAAUGUAAAGCUGCUGGAAUUUUAUGCAACUCUAAAUGCCAUAGCGGUAAUACUUGUAAAAAUAAAUAA